CCAGGCGAACCUUUUGAGUUACAAUCCUUCAACACGGCCCCCACGAACAUCACUUUCGCCAUAUUGUUCGGGGAGAGGUUCGAUUACGACGACCCGACGUUCGUCACGCUGCUCAGACUGAUCAAUGAAGUGAUGACCCUGCUGGGUGAUCCGUUCUUACACUUAUUCAAUUUCUUCCCGUUCCUCGGGUUCCUUCUCAGACCCCACAAGACCAUUUUGAGGAGAGUCGAAGAGACCUGUGUCAUCCUGAGGAAACAUAUCCAAGCUAGCAAACAAACGAUCAAUGCAAACUACUUACGGAGCUACACCGAUGCUUUGCUCUUCAGGCAGCAGGAGGAAACAAAGAAAGCCAUGAGCAUGUUCCACGACGCAAACGUCCUGGCAUCGGUGCUCGACCUCGUCAUGGCCGGGACCGAGACGACAGCCACAACACUGCAGUGGGCUAUUUUGCUGAUGAUGAAGUACCCCGAAAUUCAGUGUAAAGUCCAGGAAGAAAUCAAGACCGUCCUGGAACCCGGGCGCCUGCCGACCUUUGACGACAAGAAGCGCCUGCCCUUUUCCAAUGCAGUGAUCCACGAGGUGCAACGCUUCGUCAACCUCCUGCCACAGGUGCCGCGCUGCACUGCCGUGGACACGCACUUCCGUGGCUAUUUCAUCCCCAAGGGAACCACGGUGAUCCCUUCGCUCAGCUCUGUGCUUUUGGACGACACUCAGUGGGAGACCCCUGACCAGUUCAACCCCGACCAUUUCUUGGACGCAGACGGCAACUUCGUGAUGAAAGAGGCUUUUCUAGCUUUCUCCACAGGCCGCCGAAACUGCCUGGGCGAAAGUUUGGCCAAGAUGGAGCUCUUCCUCUUCUUCGUGGGCUUGUUCCAGAAGUUUUCCUUUCGGCCCCCGCCGGGAUCCACAGAGUCCAGCUUGGACAUUGGCCCCGUGCCGGGGUUCACCCUGCGCCCCCGGCCGCAGAUGACCUGUGCCGUGCCCUGUGACUAAGCCCCACUGAUCGAAAGGUUGGGAUUUGGGCCCGUCGACGUUGCGCUGAGAUGAGAGAGACCCUUUCGGUGUGAGUCGUGGGGGAUUCUGGGACGGGGUGUCCUACCGCAGCAAACCUUUGCUUCACGUGGCAUUGUGGGUUUUCCGGGUUGGCCCUGAUCGAGUGGUUUCUGCUCCUAACGUCCCGCCCGGAUCUAUGACUGGCAUGUCACCUUAGGAUGUGUUUCUCUCCAUGGCAUUGUGAAAUACCUCUGAAGACACAGCCAUAGAUGUGGACGAAACAGUAGGAGCAGAAACUACCAGACCACAGUCGCACAGCCCGGAAAACCCACAACGUCCAAUCGAUUCCAGCUGCAAAAGCCUUGGACAAUACAUCGAACGCCACUACGGGGAGGAAACGUUCCAACAGGCCCAGAAACGUAUCCCGGUGUGAAGAUGCCAACCGUAGAUGCAGGCGAAACGUCAGGAGCAAAAACUACCAGACCACAGCCACGCAGCCCAGAAAACCCACGGCACCCAGUUGAUUCCAGUCGUGAAAGCCUUCGACAAAACUUUUCUUCACUCCUCCUUUGCACAACCGCCUCGCGCUUUGAAAACACUCGAUGCAACGGAUGUCGUCAACAGUUGCCUUGUCCCCAGUUCUGAAGCUGCUCUUGGGAGGAAUGUCGGCACCUCCCGUCUUUCAUUUCUGUUUGUCGUUGUAAGCGGUUCCAGUUUCCUCGAUUCCAUCUCGAGAGUUCCUAAUUUUUUUGUCCUGCAGAUUCUUUAAUGGUACUUAAACGUUGUACGUGCAAACAAAACAAAACCAUUGCGCAAGAAUGUUAACAGGAAUCAGUUUGCUCAACAUUGAAAGCAGUGUGGAAAGUAAGGCUCGCCGAUUUGAUUGGGGGGGGGGGUUUACAACAUUUAGCAACACCCUGCCCCCCCCAGCAGGCCAUAUCUCGUGCAAGAGUGUUGCAGGACAGAAAUAUAACUGAAGAUAUAUAUAUAUUUAUUUGCUUAUAUAUAUAUUUGCUUAUAUACAUGCUCUCUCAACCUCUUUGCAAGCGGAAAAUGCCUCGUAUGCAUUUGAGAGGCACAGAAUUCCCACCAUUGUCUGAUGCAAAGUCUUUGUGUCAUCCUUCAAUACACACACACACACACAAAAACCACUUUACAACUGGUGGAUCAGCCCUGAAAUGAUGCUGCUAAGCUACUGUGGAAGCUGAUUCUUUUGGGACGGUGAACAGCGGGGAAACAAAAUGCAAAUAGUGUAAAAGGAAGUACCAUAAUGCAGAACUUCUAAGCAAAAACCUCUGUGCUAUUUCUAGAUAAAAGGACCUAUUAUAUACAGUAUACAUAAUACUGAUCUGCUUGCAUGUUUCCCAAAUAAAGACUGAAAGGGUUUUUUUUCUCCUGAAAGAAGCCGGGUGCGUGCCAGAUUUCUCUGUGCUCACGAUCAGAAGUCGUUCGGGGUUUAUACUUUGGUGCACCCUUUUCUCGGAGCCGUUGGCCCGCUGAAUUAUCCCAUCUCUGGCUCCCUCAAUGGCAGAGACAGAUUCCUAGACAGGAUUCGAAGCCACAU